GAAUUUGAAGUAAUCGCCCAGAUCAAGCUCUUGCAAUCUGCAUGCAACAGCUACUGCCUGACGCCAGACCAAAAAUUCAUCCAGUGGUUCAAGAAACAGCAGUAUUUAACGGAGGAGGAGAGCGACAGACUUUCACGUGAGGUUGAAGCUGCUUCUGACACCAUCAGCACGUCGCCAAAACCUCAGAAAAGCAUGGUGAAGAGGCUCAGCCAGCUGUUUCUAAGCUCCGAGGUGAUCCUCCAGAGCACAUCCACCAAAAAGCAGCCCCCACCUACUCCAGAUGGGAGCUCUGGUGAAAGCACAGACUCGGCCAGUGUUUCGUUGUGUGAGUCUAAUGAAUGGGAAGCAGGGAACACCGACAUCAGCCCUCUAUACACUCCUGGUGACCCUCUGCAGAAGCUGUCUGAAUUGGAAUCCUCUGACUCCUCCAGUUAUUCCCCUGAUUCCACAGACACAUCUUCCAUGUGGGUAUCACAUGUAAUCUUAGCCACUCCAUCAUUUUCCUCCAACGACGAGGGCUCUGCUGCUGUGGCACCUGCUACCUCAGAAGUGCCAUCUCCUGUUUACAACCAGCAGAUCCAUGACCGGUGCAUCAUCCGCAUCAGCACCGAAGCCAACAGCAGCACUUUGUACAAGAGCAUCCUGCUAACUAGCCAAGACCGAACUCCUGCUGUCAUCCAGAGCGCUCUGGUCAAGUACAACCUGGACUAUGAUGCAGUUGAGGAUUAUGAGCUUGUACAGGUCAUCUCUGAGGACAAAGAGCUGGUGCUCCCAGACAACGCCAACGUGUUCUACGCCAUGAACAGCCGCGUGAACUUUGAUUUCAUCCUGCGGAGAAAAGCUCUGGUCAAGAAGCAGGUAGAAGUGAAGAGCCUCACAUUCCCCAGAACUGCCAAACAGGGCUGUCAGAGCAACAGGCUGGGCAGUAUUACACUGUGA